AUGAACUCCAUCAAUAGAGAGACCGAUUUAAGCACGCAGAGCGAAGAUGAAGAGUUUUCUCCAAGAGUCCAGCUCUCUCCCAGGCUUUCUCUUUCCACGGAUGAAGAGUAUCUUAAAGCCAUUCUUCUGUCCAGGCUGAUAAAAAACAUAUUUUGUGCUUCAGGCCUGAGCAAGAUAAACGCCCCCACCGAGUCUACAAACCCGUUUAAGCCGCACUUUCACCUGAGAAACGUUAAAAUCAAAACAAAGUCAAAAGACGUGAUAAGAGCAUGGGUUGUCUACAACACAGAAAAAACAGUAAAAAAAUGGGCGCUUGUUCUGCACGGCAACUCAACCAAUAGGAAUACGUUCUCCCGUCUCUACAAUGUAGAAAGCAUGAUAGAAGAAGGCAUUGGAGCUCUCAUUGUGGACUACAGGGGAUUUGGAGACUCUGAAGGAACUCCGAGCAAAACAGCUUUUAUUGAAGAUGUCUCUGCGUGCAUCCAGUACUUCAAAAAGAAGCACAUAUUUUCUAUAUCAAUUGUGAGCUAUUCCCUGGGCACAGCAAUUGCUCUGGAGUAUCUGGUGGAGUACGCUAAAAGAAAAAAAAACGCAGUGAUCAUUGAAAAGCUGGUUCUUGUGAGUCCGUUUGUCUCUACGCUGGAUUUGCUCAGAGAAUAUAAACUGUGGAACUUGCUGGAGAUGGCCAUACCUGACAGCUGCUCGUAUGCGAUGCACGGGCUGGGGUAUGACUCGCUGGAGAACAUAAAGAAAGUAGAGAUUAAAACACUCAUCAUACACGGGUCAUCGGACUGGCUCAUUCCCUGCCACCACGGGGAGAGACUGGCAAAGGACAGCGACGCAACUUUUUUGAAGAUAGAAAAUGAGUCGCACGGGACAAUAUUCAAAAACCCUGUUACAUGGAAGACCAUAGUCCGAUUCAUAGAAAACUAG